AUGUUGAAAACCCAAGUGCAGGAUUUGGUUUCUUUGGAGAAGCCAAGGCGGUCCGUCUCCUUGCCAUUAUCAUCCCUAGCAGAUGUCAAUGGUUUCUCUCGUAAAAGUUGCUCUUAUUAUAAACUUCCCGAAGAGCCCAUCAAGCUCACCGUUCGGAAACUGGAUGGCUCUUCCUUCGAUGUCAAAGCUAUAAAGUCGGCCACCAUCGCCGACCUCAAGCUGGCUGUUCAACAUGUCUUUAGUCAUAUGCCAAAGAAUGGUCCCGGCAAGAUUUCAUGGCCCCAUGUUUGGGGACAUUUUUGUUUGUGCUAUGGUGGCCUGAAGUUGCUCACAGACACUGAUCAUAUCAUGAACUAUGGCAUCAAGGACGGUGAUCAGCUCCAUUUUAUUAGGCACGUCUCUUCCAGCUAUAACCUGACAAAGAUUCAAUCCAAGAAAACGAUGGUUGCCCAAAACCAAUCAUAUCUGUCAAUGCAAACCUCCGCGGCUACUUUAGGUAUCGAACAGAACGGUGAAGAAGAUGAUAAUGAUGAUAACGUCGACAACGGGAGAUGCAAGACUCGCAACAAAAAGAAGCAAAGUAUGAUUGUACAACAAGAAUGCCAGUUUGGUCACUUAUGGAGGGGCUGGUCCUCUUUUUCAAGAAGGAAAGGAUCUAGCAAAGGCAGAGUUUGCCAGAGGAGAGACAGUCCUGGUUUUGUGGGGAAUUGUAGGAAACUAUUUCAGCUUUGGGGCACUGCAAAAUAUUCUCCGAAGCGCUAAUGAAGGGCAGACUUUGUCUAAAUGCAUUACUGCUACUGUUGCUUUGGGUUUGCCUUGUUCUGAAUUCUCAACACACUGUUUUGCGUCCCAACUUUUUACAAGUUUUGGAUUCAAAUUUAGUUCUGCUUUGGUAAAAUAUUAGGAUAAACUACUUAUU